GACUCUUACGUCAGUAACGAGCAUCUAGACUUUUGUCUAGCCAUCAUUGAACAUAUCCUCUGCCUCGCCCGCGAAUAUUUCGACUUGAACAGUGGGCUUUGAACUUGCAUUUUUGUAAUUUUCGUACCAAUUGCGCAAUUCAUAUCGGAUUUCACCGCUACAUUCCACACACACCACAAUCAUGUCGACGUUUGGCACCCAUUUCAGAGUCACGACCUAUGGCGAAUCUCACUGCUUGUCCGUGGGCGCUAUCAUCGACGGUUGCCCCCCGGGCAUGGCUCUCACAGACGACGAUAUUCAACCCCAGAUGACGCGCCGUCGACCCGGCCAGUCGGCUAUUACGACACCCCGCAAUGAGAAGGAUCGUGUGGAGAUUCAGUCAGGGACGGAAUUUGGCAUCACGCUGGGCACACCCAUUGGGCUCAGGGUCAUGAACGAGAACCAGAGGCCGAAGGACUACGGCAACAAGACAAUGGACUUGUACCCGCGCCCUAGCCAUGCGGAUUGGACGUACUUGGAGAAGUACGGGGUCAAGGCGAGUUCGGGUGGAGGCAGGAGCAGUGCUCGGGAGACUAUCGGACGUGUCGCGGCUGGUGCAAUCGCAGAGAAGUACCUGCGCGAAGCAUAUGGGAUUGAAAUUAUCGCCUUUACCAACUCCAUCGGAAACGAAUUCCUCUUCCCUCCUUCGCCGGAAUGGCCUACCGCCUCGACAAAUCCAGAGUACUUGAAGCUCAUCGAUACCAUUGAUCGCAAGACAGUCGACUCGUUCCUGCCUGUGAGAUGUCCAAACGAGGCUAGCAAUGAGCGCAUGGAGAAGCUCGUAGCAGACUACAGAGACAAGGAAGACAGCAUAGGCGGCACAGUGACCUGUGUGAUCAGGAACUGUCCUACGGGGCUGGGAGAGCCGUGCUUUGACAAGCUCGAGGCUAAGCUCGCGCAUGCCAUGCUCUCGAUUCCAGCCACCAAGGGCUUUGAGAUUGGGUCUGGGUUCGGAGGUGCGCAACUGCCUGGCUCCAUUCACAACGAUGCGUUCAUCAAGGCGCCCGCUAUUCCAGCCGGCGAGAACCCGUCUGCGAAGGUCCAGCGUCUGCGGCUCACGACCAAGACGAACAACUCCGGUGGUAUCCAGGGUGGAAUCACAAAUGGCGCACCUAUCUACUUCAACGUGGCUUUCAAGCCUGCUGCCACCAUCGGACAGGCACAGACCACAGCAUCGUAUGAUGAGACGGACGGCGUGCUCGAGGCCAAGGGCAGACACGAUCCAUGCGUUGUGCCUCGAGCGGUGCCAAUCGUGGAGACGAUGGCGGCGUUGGUCAUUAUCGAUGCGGUGCUAGCGCAGCAGGCAAGGGCUGGAGCAAGGAGUCUGCUUCCCCCACUGAAGGGCGUUGUGCCCGUGCCAGCGCAGCAAUGAGAAGCUAUGGAAAAAAACAGGCGUGCUUGGAUUUGGGAGUUGGGAGUUUGUCUCGGGUAGAGAGGCGGUGGUUAGAUUUUUGUACGAAAAGUUCGAAGCGCUGCGAGCAGCCAAAUCAAAACAUGCUGUGAUGGAGCAGACAGUGCCCCUCAGAAACCGCCACACUAUUUGGUGAUAGGAAUAGGCCCUUUUCUAUUCGGGCCUUUUACUUAUAGGGCACCCGUUAUACCGUUGUCGUGGCUUAAAUUCGCCUCCUGUACCGUACU